CCUCAUCUUCACUAGAAUUGUUACGCCUGUCUGUACUGUGACUACUUCCGCUGUUUUUGUUCUCUUAUCUCUCAUGUACAGUCAAACCAGCGAACUAAAGCGCACAAACUUGUGCGCACGCGCAAACGCACCCGCUUCUGAGUCCUGGUUCCAUCUUCAGCCAUCUCUUCGCUCUGCCUCCCUCUCCUCUCACCACGGAGGACAGAUGGGAGGAGACGCUGCUAAACGUGUCUUUUCCUGCAGCGGAGAAAACGCCUCUGCUCCCCGUCGGUCACGGGUCCGAUCAUUCACAUCUUUACGCUGCAGGUCUCUCUCUGCGGGGUGUGCCCGCAUCUGUUUUUUCUUUUCUCCUUAACUGGACCGAGGACAUCAAAUAAACUAACUGGAGGCACCGUGCAAUCUUUGUGUAUAGCUGAGCAGGAUUUAAACCUUCCCGAGUGAUCCUGAAAUCAGUGUACGGGCAGAUGCGCUCAUCUCAUCCGUUCUCUGGCCGCUGGGGUGCUAAAGAUGGGGCUGGUUGUGCGGGUACCUGUCCUGGUUUCGUACCGGUUUGGUUCGUCCCGGUAGACUGAUCCCUUUUCGAUGCUGCAGAAUCCACAGGGACAAAUAAAGAGAUUUUCCUGAGAACCGGAUUCACCACCAGCAUCCUGCCAGAUGGAUAACUACUCUGCUCUACCAUUGCAGUGUCUGGAAAUGACCACUAAGCGGAAGCUGAUUGGCCGGCUGGUGCCGUGCCGCUGUUUCCGUGGUGAAGAGGAAGUGAUCUCAGUGCUGGACUACUCUCACUGCAGCCUUCAGCAGGUCCCCAAGGAAAUCUUCAGCUUCGAGAGAACUUUAGAGGAGCUUUACCUGGAUGCUAACCAGAUUGAAGAACUACCCAAGCAACUCUUCCAGUGCCAGGCCCUAAAGAAGCUGAGCUUGCCCGAUAACGACCUUUCCAAUCUUCCUACCACCAUCGCCAGCUUGGUUAACCUCAAAGAGUUAGACAUCAGCAAAAACGGAAUCCAGGAGUUUCCAGAUAAUAUAAAAUGCUGUAAAGGCCUGUCUGUGGUAGAAGCCAGCGUCAACCCCAUUACCAAACUCCCAGAUGGUUUCACGCAGCUCCUGAAUCUGUCCCAGCUCUUCUUAAAUGAUGCCUUCCUGGAGUAUCUGCCCGCUAACUUUGGCAGGCUCUCCAAAUUACGGAUUCUGGAGCUGAGAGAGAAUCACCUGAAAACCAUGCCAAAGUCCAUCCACAGACUAACACAGCUGGAGAGGCUGGAUUUGGGUAGCAAUGAAUUCUCUGAAAUGCCAGAGGUCUUGGAACAGAUACACAGCCUGAAGGAGCUGUGGCUGGAUAAUAACUCUUUACAGUCUAUACCUGGGUCAAUAGGGAAGCUUCGCCAGUUGCGGUACUUGGAUUUGGCAAAGAAUCGCAUUGAGAAUUUGGAUAGUGACAUCUCAGGCUGUGAGGCCUUAGAAGAUCUGUUGCUAUCCUCCAACAUGCUGCAGCACCUGCCGGACUCUAUAGGAAUGCUGAAGAAAUUGACCACUCUAAAGGUAGAUGACAACCAGCUGACCUCACUGCCUCACACCAUUGGGAGCCUGUCUCUGUUGGAGGAGUUGGACUGUAGCUGUAAUGAGCUGGAGUCGUUGCCUCCCACCAUUGGCUACCUGCACAGCUUGAGGACUUUUGCUGCAGACGAGAAUUUCCUCACAGAGCUGCCACGAGAGAUUGGUAACUGCAAGAACGUGACGGUGAUGUCACUUCGGUCCAACAAGCUGGAGUUUCUGCCUGACGAAAUCGGACAGAUGACCAAACUGCGUGUACUUAACCUCAGUGACAACAGGUUAAAGAAUCUACCGUUUACCUUCACCAAGCUGAAGGACUUGGCAGCUCUGUGGCUCUCUGACAAUCAGUCCAAAGCUUUGAUCCCACUUCAGACAGAAGCCCAUCCAGAAACCAAACAGAAGGUUUUGACCAACUACAUGUUUCCACAACAGCCCAGACAUGAUGAAGAUUACCAGUCGGAUAGUGACAGCUUUAAUCCUACACUGUGGGAAGAGCAAAGACAGCAGAGGAUGACUGUGGCCUUUGACUUUGAAGACAAGAAAGACGAGGAAGACAACUCUGGGAAGGUCAAGGUGGAGAUAAACUUGAAGCGCUACCCAACACCCUACCCUGAGGACCUGAAGAACAUGGUCAAAUCAGUGCAGAGUCUUGUGGGUAAAAGCAUGCAUCCCGGACAUGGGCACCAGCACCAGCUGAGCUCAGGCACUGCCACCUCAGCAGGAACCAACAUGGAGCAUACACACCUAAGCAAAGAACAGUAUGAGCCACCGUGGCCCCUGCCUCCUAAAGAGUUGAUGCAGGUAUUUGAUUCAUUUGACGGACGAAAUCAAACUGUUUGCCAGGUGACUGACAGAGAGAUGCAGGACUUCUCUCAGUCUCAGCUAAUGGAUCAAGGAUCAAUGCAUAACUCUGGCAUCGAUAUUCCCAAGAGGAAGGACAAAGAAGAUUUGACAGAGAGCUCUGAGGACUCGAUGGGUGGCUCUCCAAAUGACAUCCGUAUAUCAGACAUGAGGCCAACACUGGUGGAGCCACCAAUGUACAAACCAAAGGUGGUACUGCUGGGGAAGGAUAAGAAAGAGUCAACAGAUGAGGAGGUCGAUAAGCUCCACUGUCUGAAUCACAGUGGUUCCUCGGCCACCUACUCUGACUACUCACCUUCGCAGGGCUCCUCAGGCUCCUCCAAUCCUUCCGCCAACACACACUCACACACACACUCUCAUGCUCACACACACACUCCUGCCCUGCCAGCCCCCAAUAGGGAUCAGGCCCCUCCAACACACUGGACCAACAGACUUGCCCAGUCAUUCCCAAAGCCUAUUGAUUCCAAGCCCCUGCUGUCUCAGAGAGAAACUCCUCCAUCAGGUACCUUGCAGCAACGGGGAGAUCGGCGUCCGCUUAGCGAGCCUUUUGAUUGGUCUGAGGCUCCACACUACGACAACACAGGUUUUGAUGCUGAGGAGUCUCCUAUGGACCCUCCCUCCAAUACAAGUCAGGGUAAUCCCCCGCUGGGCUCCAAACCCCGCAGCCAGUCGGCACAUGGCCGCCGGCCCCUCCUCAGGCAAGAUCGAAUUGUAGGAGUCCCUUUGGAGCUGGAUACCCAGACACUCCCCUAUCACAGUAACCAACGCUGCACCCCGGAUAAUGACCCACAAUCCUCUGGACCUCCUUCCCAGAACCCCUGGCAGAAUUGGACCAGGACCCCCAGCCCAUUGGAGGACAGAACAGCUUUCCCCUCAAAGCUGGACCUGACACCCACCUCAAGCCCCAACCCUGACCGCAAAGACAUUGACUCAAGACUGGAACAGGGCUCAGGACCUUUGCCUGGAAGCUGGACAUAUCACAACAGUCAGGGAGAGCAGAUCAGGAAGGAUCAGCUCAGCGUCGGUGGGGGAAACAAGGUAACAGUGGUGAUGAGUAAAAGCUCUGACCGGCUUUCCCCCAUGAUGAAGGAGACGAGAUCCAAGUUUAAGAAAUCCCAGAGCAUAGACGAGAUUGACAUCGGCUCCUACAAAGUCUACAGUAUUCCUAUGGAAAGCUAUAGUUCAUCCAUUGAACAGCAGACUAGUUUGGACCGUUCAGAGCUCCCUGGUUCCAUGGAGCACACCAGCAUGUCACGGUCUCAGUCUGCCCCCAUGUUAGAUGAUGAGCUGGGCUUCCCAGGACACGGAAGUGGCAACCAGAAUCAGUCUGGACAAAAUCUAAAACCUGCCAUUCCUCACAAGGCCUAUCAUUUUGACCAGAACUACAACCCCCAGGUAACCAUCGAUCGCAGGAUUCCUCCCCCUUUCCCCAACACACCAGAUUACGUAAACCACUCAUCAAAGGCCAUGGAUUACUUGAGUCAGCCUGGAAAGACGCUACCCAAGGAGCUUGUGAGUCCUAGGUAUCGUGCAUAUCCACCUCUGGAAAUGUUUUCAUUCCCCCAAGCCCCAAUCAACCAGGAUGGCCCAUCCAGCCAGCAGCAGCAAACUAUCUCAUCUCAGCGCUCCAGGCCAGGGUUUCUAAGAAGAGCUGAUUCUUUGGUUAGCUCUACUGAGCUUGCCUUGUUUCGCAGAGUUCAUGAAGCCCAGCAGGAGGCGCUACAGGAAGCUCAGUACAAGCAGCAGACGGACCCCCCUCAUUAUAGUCGGGCUCUUGGCUACUCUUCCCCAAUGGAGCACUCUGCCCUCACCAACAUGUCUGACAACCAAAAUCAGAUGAUGCACAACAAGAGAAAUGGUCGCUAUGAUGAUGACUAUACAACUUACCAGGAGCAGAAGAAGCCCAUGAUUGGUUAUCCAACCAAAAGUCUUACUCAGCGUCGCCCCCUAUCAGCUAGGAGCUACAGUACUGAAACCUAUGGAGCAUCCCAGGCCCGCCCUGUGUCCGCUCGCCCCACCAUGGCUGCCCUGUUAGAGAAGAUGCCACCCGACUACACCCUGGCAACCUGUCCUGAGAAACCAUCAGAGGACACCAUCAAAGUAAGACCUGUUGUGCCGCAAAAACCUGAGGACAUCACUUCCAAGAUGCCAGCCGACUGGAGGCAACAACUUCUCAGGCACAUAGAGGCCAAACGAUUGGACAGGAGUGGUUUCCUAAAGCACAACACGCUCACGCUGGGCAUGCUCUAUCAGGGCGGGGGUCACGGCCAGGGGCGCAGCACCACUUUGAACUUUAACCUUUACAAUAAAACUAGGCAUGAGCCCCCUGCUGGCCGCUGGCUGCCACUACCUCCUCCUCCAUCUGCCACCACCACACCUUCUCAGCAGGCUGCAAUGCUCGAUAAUGACCAGGAGGGAGUCACAGGGAGCAACCAGUGGGCUCCCUACUCGCUUGGUCGCAGGGAUGUUCCACCUGAGAACCUCAUGAAAAAGGGUGGGCAUUCACACAACCCCUCACAUCAGUCACACAACACCAUGAUCGUCACUUCCACCUCUUCCUCCACAGCCACUGUGCCUCAUCGUGUUGUUGGGCAGCAGGUUUAUGAUGGGAUGAUGAACAAGGGUGGGCAAUACCAGCAAGCAAUGUCUCUGUCAGUGGUACCAGCAGGUGGCCCAGGGCAAUACCAAGGCAAUGUUUCACAAGCCCUUCCAUCCCCUGGCCAGGCUUAUCCGAGUGGCGGCCUGCCCAUGGCGCUGUCAUCAUCUGGAAACCAGUCUCAGUACAACCCCCACACCUCCCAUCAGCCUGCUACCAAUCCGCAGUAUCAUGUCAGUCAAGGCAUGGUCCACAGCAACCAGGCUGUUAUGGCUACCCAUACCAACCCGAGGCCUCAGAGUGCUCGAUGUCUGCUGCAGACUAAAGGCCAGAAAAGCACGGAUGGUUACCAGGAACAGUUGUGUGUGAGAAUAGAGAAGAACCCUGGUCUUGGCUUCAGUAUCUCUGGUGGCAUCAGUGGCCAGGGGAACCCCUUCAAACCGUCCGACAUGGGUAUCUUUGUUACUAGGGUACAGCAUGAUGGGCCCGCCACCUCCGCACUGAAGCCUGGAGACAAGAUACUGCAGCAUGACUGUGUAGCUCCUCCUCUUCUCUCUCUUUUCCCCCAACAGUGAUGUGUUACUGAGAUAAUGAUGGCAGUGACCCUCCAUCCUUCCACAAACACUCACACAUUAAAAUGUGUAUGGGAAAUCUGCAGAACACAUACCUCUAUACACACAUGCGCACACACACAUGCUGUUGACUGUGCUGCGUGUUUGCAUUGCAGGCUAAUGGACAUAGUUUUUUACACAUGGAGCACGAGACAGCCGUCUCUCUGCUGAAGAGUUUCCCUCGGACAGUGGACUUGGUGGUUCUGAGAGACAGCAGCUUGAGAUAGAAAUAGUUUUAUAAUAAACAGAUCCACUUGCCAUCUCUACUCAUCUCCAUUCAACUCUACCCCACCUGCCCUCUGCUGGAGGCUUGUGAAGCUGACAUGAGCUGUCUUUUUUUCAUUUUGUAACCUUUUGAAAGGAACACACAGACAUCAAUUUGCCUAUUGCUGGACCAAAGGCAAUUACUAGUGCCAAAUGUACUAUGGGAAACAUAUCUUCUCUUCUGUCUACCAGAGGUCAGGGACCUGAUCGAUGGAUGGACAGACAAUGAGAGGAUGCAUUUUUGAGUUCCUUCAGGGCUGCUGCAGUUUGGAUAUUGUAGUUGGUUUGUAAAUGAGGCAGUUAUCCCAUCAGCCAAUCAAAUUUUACUUUUUUUGCUAAGCCAGUUUGGAGGUAUUUUUUGCUUUUUUUUUACUUUCUUUUUUUCUUGCUGUCGAUACCUAUCAGUUAAAUGAAUGUGUAGCAUCUUGUUUAUUGCCUUGUAGUCCAAUGUUAUGUUUCUUAUAUUCUUCUCUUUUACCCCUCUCUCAUCAUUCAUUCCGUAUUUGACUUUACUUUUUUUACUUUUUUUUCUUUCACAUUGUGUUCUGUCUGUUAUUUUUGCCUCCAAUGUACAGAUAACUUUCUGCCUUUUUGUACAUAUAUAAAGAUUUGGCUUUCCUGAACUGCACUCUCAGUUUGGCCAAGACAGAAAGCUCUAAAGGUUUAUGAUUAAUAUAACUGUUGAUAAACUAUAUUCAGAUUUUUUUUUCCUGCAGUUGGACAGGAAUCAUUUCUCUGAAUAGAUGAUUUUUUUUUCUAAACUACACCACUACUUUAACUGUAAAGAAAACUUUUUUUCAUAAAACAUCAUUGCUGAUAGAUUUUAUGUUUGAAAAUUUCCGCUUGCACAGCUGUGUUGAAAAGAGCUAAAGCAAUAUUUCUGAGGCUCAGCCCAUUGAGCUUUUGCAGCCGAGCCAACCUUGUCCUCUAGUGCCAUCUACCGUACAAGUCAUGCUAAUGUUUACACUCACACUGCCAUUCACUUGAACUUAUAGGGAAACACAAAAAGACCCCUGUGCCGCCGCACUUCUACAAUACACUUGCACGCCCUGUGCACUGCUGCAUUAUGGCGCCCAAUUUGUACAUUAGCCUGAUCAAAGAAAACAAAUUCUAAUUUCUUGACUUAACACCAGUGAUAGUAAGUGUGCCAUUGUUUGAAAGUCCUGUUUUCUUCCAUUUCCAGACUCUUUUUUUUUUUUUUUAGAUGUUUGACUUGUACAAGAGCCAGCCUUUUUUCAUUUGAAUUAGACUCAAAAGUCUAGAUAAUUGUAGUUCAUGAUGCUUUGUGCUGAUCCAAUACAGAUCCUCUACCACAUAAAUGUUUUGUUUACACAGGUUAAAAAUAUCAGAUUUACUUUUUCAUGGCUUCGAUCAGACUUGAACUGAAAUCUGCUGUCAGCGCUCAGAUUUAUUGCUCUGAUAGGAAAGAUUCACAACGAUUUAUGAUCUGAUCUAUGUCGCAAAGGGUUUGUAGUUACAGUGCCUUGAAAAAAGUAUUCCUACCCCUUAAACUUUUCCACAUUCUGUUAUGUUACAACCACAAACUUUACUGUAUUUUAAAAUGAUUUUAUGUGAUAGACCAUGGUGUUUUCAGCCCUGGUGUAUGUUGACUCACUGUUUUUUCUUUUUUUGCAAUUGUCCUUUGCACAAAAGCCUAAGUCCAGACAUAUCAGAUGGACAGUGUGUGUGAAGAGUGGUUUUAUUAUGUCUCACAGAUUCUCAAUUAGAUUUUUCUCUAGACUCUGACUGGGCCAGCAUGUUUUGAUCAAAAUGAUUCCAUGUAGCUCUGGGCGUACGUUUAGGGUUCUAGUCCUUUUGGAAGGUGAAUCUUCAUCCCAGUCGUUUGCAGCUUUAACAGGUUGUUUCCAGUGGUUGUCCUGCAUCUGUAUUCAGUAGCCAUCUUCCAAAAAACUCACCUGCUUCCCUUCUUAAGAAAAGCAUCCCUAAAGCAUGAUGCCACCAUCAGCAUGUUUUACAGUGGGGAUGAUGUAUUCAUGGAGAUCUGUGGUCUUCUGAAACACAUAGUUUUUACAUGUAGGACAAUUUUGGUCAUAUCCAAAGCAAGAGCACCUUCAAUCUUACGUUGCUCGGUCCCUUACAAGACUUGUGUCGAACAACAAAUGAAACUUCUUAUGGCUUUAUUUAAACAAUUCCUUUUUGUUUUACAACUCUUUUAUAAGGAAUGGAUUUGUGGGGCAUGGCAGUGGUGCAGUGGAAAAGUGCACAACCCUUGUACGGAGGCUACAGCCCUCAAUGCAGCCGUCACGGGUUACAGUCACGGCAUGUUGACCUUUGCUGCAUGUCUUCCCCUCUUUCUCAGAUGUUCAAACUUGGGUUGUUGUUUCAUAACCUAACCCGAGUUUAACCUUCUUCAAAACUCAAUCCCUAAUCUGUCCGUUGGUGUGUUAAUACAACUGUUAUCUAAUGUUCUCAAUCAAAUCUUUCCGGCCUUUAUACAACCAAUUCAUUCUGAGAUUACGCGCAGGUGGACGCCACUUAGUAAUUAGGCGACUUAUGGCCGUUAUUGGUUGGACUCGAUUUUGUUUAGAUUCAUCCGACUAAAGAAGGCUUUUUAGAUUUUAAGAGUUUAUUUGUAAAUGAAAAGAAAUGUGAAAACAUUGUAUCAUUUCUCUUUAUUUCAUAUGAAUUACUUUGUGUGAAUUCAUCACAUAAAAUCCCAAUAAUAUACUUUAAAGCUUCUGGUUGUAACACUGGAGAAAUGCGAAAAUGGGGUGUGGAUAUUUGCGAUGCACAGUACACUUCAACUUUCACUAGAACAUUUGUAACCUGAAGUGUAAAUUUUCAGUUUAGAGAAAAAACACUUUAUAAGUCUGUUUUGGAGACUUUUGAGCGGGAAAUUUCUGGCCAAAGAUUUGAUGGUCACAUUGAAAGAGCUGUACUAAUAUGACAAAAGUAACAAUGGAAAAAAGUUUAUCUUAUAUUUAAUGCCUCAUGGCGACACUUUUUCAGUUGACAGCAUCUUUUAUUUUACUGCUAUUUGUCAUCCUGUGCCCAUUAUGUGUCAGUCCUCCUAAAGAGCUUCACACUUUCAUAAGGACACUAAACGGCACAGUUUGAAUAUUGCGGUACUGAGAGAUUGAACCCUAUUUAGAGUUCAAUAUAUCAAAAGUUAUGAUGUGAACAGAGACAAAUGUUUGAUAAUAUAAUUAUUUUUUACUCUAUGUUUCAGGUAAUUCUUUCUAAAUAUAUUGAUAUACCUUAGCUUUGCUCAAAAAUUGUGAUAUUUUGUAAAGACACUUGUAUCAAAGAUAUGGAUAGAAGUACACACAGUGUGACCUGAAGACCUACAUGUGUACUAUCCAAAACUUGUAUAAAAAUGUAUUUCUACUGUAAUUGUGAAUUUGUGUUAUAAAAAUGCAUAUUAUAUAUAUAUGUAUAUGAAUAUAAAAACACCCAUUUUCUAUGUGUUUAGAUGAUAUAAGAGAUGAACAAAUGAGGACAGUUUCACUGUAUAUAAACUGUGAAUGAAAUAUAAUUUAAAAUUACUCAUAUUGAUUGUGAAUGUACCCAUGCUUUCUGCAGUACUUAACACGUACCCAACUUGAAUGCUGCUUCUUCUGUAGUGUGACAAAAUGUACUUUGACCUCCAAGGAGAGAAACACUGUCAAGUUAUAAGUUGGACAAAUUUUAGUGACGAUCUUACAGAACUAUUUAUUUCUUUAUUUAUUUGCACAUGCAAGUUGAAAUCCUUCCAGUUUUAAGUUUGAGUAUCAAUGCGAAGAAAUGCAAGUAUAUAUAAUAUAUAUCAUGUGUUUAGAAUGCAUUUUGCAGACACUACUUGUACAUACUAUUUAAGAUACAGUUUUUACAAAAAAUUAUUCUAUGUAUAAAACGGAAAAAAAUGCUGUGCAGCGAUUAUACUGGAGCCAUUUUGGGCUUCUGGGCGUACCAUUUUUUCAAUAUAUAAGAAGUGUUUUGAAUAAUGUACUAAAGUCUCUAUUGUACAAAUAAUAAAAAUGUCAAUAUUGGUAA